AUGAUUAUAGAUUCUGGUGCUAGUUACAAUGUCAUAGGUCUUAAUGUAUGGGAAAAUCUGAAAGCAAAUAAGGUUGCAUGUGUGUCGACUAAAGCUUCAAAGAAGUUGUAUGCAUAUGGUAGUAAGCAACCACUACAAGCUGCACGUAUGUUUACUGCAGAAGUGUCUGUUGGAGAGAGUCUGUUAAGUGGGGUCGAAUUUGUUGUCAUUGAAAAUGAGGAACACGCCCUCCUUGGGCGGGAAACUGCCAUUUCUCUAGGAGUUUCGAAGCUGAGAGCUCACGUGAAUUCACUAGAGGUUUCUACGGAUGGAGCAAAAGGGGAGGUCAGUAUUUUUGAAAGUUCCCAGGAUGUUGUGAAAGUAUCGGCAAACUGA